AGAGUAAACGUCAUAAUUUUGCAUUGAGCAAAAACGUCGAUUUUCCGAAAAUAUCUGUUCCUCAUAAAUUUUUAUCUGCAGCUUUUCAGCUGCAAACCGGUUCCGAAUUAUACAAAUUCGGUGUAGUAACUACUGUAAGAUGGAUACAUCGGCUAUGUCGUUGAAAUCUUCGGAAGAUAUUCCCCUGGCCGAUGAUGAUCUGGAAGUGAUCAUCAACGACGACGAAAGCUCAAAGUACAUGCAAAACGGCCGCUCACUGGACUCGAUUGCUAGUUCGUACACCAAUGGGAACUCGAGUCCGCGUCAUUUCCUGGAAGCCGAAGGCCCCGAUGCGGACGAGCAGGAGGAACGAGCCCGGCUCAUAUCGCAGGUACUGGAACUACAGAAUACACUAGACGACCUGUCACAGCGGGUCGACAGCGUAAAGGAUGAAAAUCUCAAGCUGCGCUCGGAGAAUCAGGUGCUCGGUCAGUACAUCGAGAAUCUGAUGUCCGCUUCGUCAGUGUUCCAAUCGACCAACCAAAACCAGCCAACUACUUCCGCACCCAAGAAGAAGUAAACCGGCCCUGAGUUUGGUAAAUUUUGGAAAACAACUUCCGCAGACCAAAGAGAGAAGCAUUCGUUUCACUUGCAGAUUUUUUCUUCGCGCUGGUGCUAUAAACAAAAAAAAAGAUGAACAAAAUAGUUCAACGCUUUCACGUUCAACCGAAUGGUUGACGUCGCUUAUAUUGCCGGACAAUUGGUCCAAUAAGAUGUGCAAAAAAAAGAAUGUUAUAUCCAUUUCUACCUUAGAUACAGAAUCAAAGUAACUAUACUCUAUUAAAAGAUAAAUUUCACAUGUAUGAAGCAACAAAUUAUGACACACAAGGUACGAAUUUGCAAACGUUUGUUGAAGCGUAUUAGUUAAUGUAUAUUGCUACUCAGAAGUUUUGUACGAUACAUGACAAAUAGCCAUCAUUUUUUCUGGUCGUUUAGGCAUUAAUUUUAGUAUCCUUAACCCUGUGUUCGAACAAUUUCUCCUCGUAUAUAGUUAUGUAUUUAUAGGUUUAAAGAUUUCCUUGGUAAUAACCGCGCAUUUGUUUUAAAACUCGAUUUUAAUUUUAACAUAUUUAGUUGUUUAAGUUUUAUACAAAUUAUAAACACUCAUUUUGAUUAA